AUGAAGCUUUCUGUUGGAAGUAUCCUAGCGGCGACGCUUGCGUUGACAUACCCCGUUCAAGCUACGAAUGCUGUUUUGAAGGGCGGCCAUGCAGUUCGCGCAAAUGAGGCAGAUAUGUCUCAGGAAGAGACUGUCACCAAGCUUUUAUGGAUUCGUGAAGAUACCCAAUCCACUUCUACACCUUCUUCGUCUGUCUACCCUAGUUCCCGGGGAUCAUUGGCGUCCAGCCAGGGCCCAUCAGCCUCUCCCAGUGCAGGCAGUCAGGGCAGACAGUCAACUGAGUCUCUUGAGAGUCUAUCAAACUCGCCCAAGUCAUCAAAUACCCCCAAUUCCGGCUUCAGUUCAUCUGAUCACCCUACAAAUUCUGCGCCAGGGAAUCAAAGUCCAACAACGACCCCUUACAAUACUCCCAGUACCCAAGCUCAACCGGAAACUGCGAGCAAAAGUUCCAAGGAUCAGAGCCGUUCAGAGAGUACCAAGCGUACUUCAUCUGAGAUUUCAUCCUCCCAGGGUGCUGGAAAAUCAAACUCCGCGGAAGCUUCCAUGAGCCCAUCGGGAAGCCCCGAGGCAAUUAAAUCUAGUACUGGAACUUCCCAAGUCGGAAUUCAAUCAAAGUCCACUACGACUUCAAAGAAGCCCGAGCAGACACAGUCAUCAAGCCCAUCAGGAAGUCCUCAGUCGAGUCAAUCUAGUGCUGAAAGCUCCCAAGAGGAAACCGGUUCAAGUUCUCCUAAGUCGUCCAAUGCAUCUCAAAAGACAGAAUCGCCAAGUCAUUCGCGGACCCCAGAACCCACUCAAUCGGAAAUCACGAGCUCCCAAGAUGGAACUGAAUCACGCUCUGCUUCACCUUCAAGUACGCCCGAACAAACACGAUCCCCAACUGUUACUGAAUCCUCAUCGUCCAACCCUGAUUCAACGGUUGUAUCAUCUAUGGUACCUAUCACAACUGGCGGCCAUACCACAACCGAGGCUUUGCUCAUCCCUCAAACAACCAUUCAUAUCACCAAAGGUAAAGACACGAGUAGUGUCAUCUUUACAGCUACCUCCGUCACUACCUCGAAGGGCUCCAAGCCAACCCUUGCAUGGGGCUGUGCGAAAGCAUUAAGUAGUCUUUGCGGCGGAGCAACAAACUCCGGAGGGGGAGGUAGUGGUGGUUGUAUUGUCCCAAUACUGUGUCCAACGCUUAAGAACUGGGGUCUUGGUGGUGGCUGGGUUCCAUCUGGAAACCCUGCACCCGGGGGACCCAGUCCUCCUCCUUCAGCACCUAAAAGUCCUUCAGGCUCGGGAUCUGACGACCCCUCUGACGAUGAUCCUGAUGAUGAUACCACCACAGAUGAUAACAAGAAGACGACCACAACAGAUGAUAGUAAAACGACAACCACAACCGACGACAAAACCACCUCGACGAAGACCUCCACAUCUUCUACCUCGACUACCACAUCUGAAGCUGCGAUCAACCUUUGUUUCUCGUACGUUAUUUCAACUGUUUCUGAAUCAGAGAAAACUACCACGACUUCAUCAUCGACUUCGACUUCGACUUCAACAACCGAUGCAACAACCGGUGCAACAACCACGACAGAUAAAAAGGCCACAACUGAUAAAACGUCCGACACCAUCACCUCCACACCGACAACAUUCUCCACAACAACUAAGAAGGCUGAGACGUCCAUUUGUCGUCUAAGACAAGAACCAGGUAGCCCAGAAUCAUGCAUCUGCACAUCUGGAACGAUCGAGACAAUGCUCGUAACCCGAACCAAAGGCGAUGAAUGCGGGUACACCAAAAUCCCAGCCAACCCUACCACAACCGAGGAUGCGCCGUCAUUCGGUCCUACUACAUCCACAAUGACCCACGAUGUGCUAGUUAUCUGGCCAACUCAAAUAACAAGCCACCUGAAUGUCGAUCCAAAGUCCGUAUUGACGGAGACUUAUCCCGCCGGCAAGCCCACAACCAGCACCAAAACCGCCGACACACCAAAGCCGUCCGACUGGAGUCCUAAGGGCUCCAGCAUCUGUGGAACUGGCAUUGGUGGUGAUAUGAAGAGCUGGUGUGAGAAGGCUUACGACAAAUACGACGAUGAUGACGUCUACAUCGGUCACACCAAGAGACAUUAUAAAAAUUCCGUUGGAUAUGGCUGUAUCGCUGAGUACAAGUGUGACUCAGAUGAUGAUUACAUCAAUUUGAACGGAAAGCAGCUCAAGACAUUAUUCGCCGAUCUCUAUGACGACCAUGGCAUCAAGCGAUGUGGAUCGGCCAAGAUAUCCAACAGCUGUAAGGUCAUCGCUAACUAUUGCAACAACAGUGGUUGCAGCGAUACAGGCUAA